CUAAGCAGCGGUCCCUGAAAUCAUCUCGCAACAAGGGAGAGAGCAUGAGCGAGACAGCCUUGAAACAAAAUCAUCGACACAAGAUCAAAUCGCUUAGCGGAGAGGCAGCCUUUUUUUGACAUUAGCCGAAGCCGGGAUAUGGCAUGGUUCCGAUUCAGCUUUUGCCUUUGGGCGGAUGGCUUUUCAGCUGAAACUCCGUUACUGGGCGGGCUAUCAAGACGUUACAACAGUAUCAAAACGGUGAGCGUGAGUGGGAUGGUUGCUCAACGUCUCAUCAACUACGUCAUGCCGCAGCAUUUAAUUUCGUACAGACCUGGUCGAGACUCGGCAUCAGACUUUACGACCGUUGACGUGAGAUCUAAACACACAUUCUCCAGAGCUGAAGGCACAAAACAAACCGUGAUUCGCAAAAGAUUCGUUCUAGACUCUAUCGACCUUUUCAGACGGAGGUUGGCAAAUGUCAAAAUGGGCAGAGAUCGAAAUGGCGGAGAUAAAUCAAUGGAUACACUGGAAAAAGAAGCAAAAAUCUGAUGCGGACCAGUGACGUUGACGACGGCGCCACGCGGAUUUCUGGUUGGUUCAAGCCAGACCAACAGAUGCAUACACGCCCCCAUGCCCGUUCCAUUAUUUCUUUCCAGGUGGGGACCCUUGACGCUGCAAUGACGAUAUAGUCAGGGGGAAGACUCGAGAGACGGUGACCGAUUUGAGACAGAGGGGGAGGAUGAACAUCAGCGGGGGAUGAAAGUAUGAAAAUGAUCUGGAUCAUCGUGGGACAGGGGAAAGAGAUGAUGGAAUCUGCAUGUUCGAAUGAACUUUAUUAUAGUGCUGAGUUGUAAGAAUACGAGAGAAAGACAUUUGUAGUGAUUGAAGCUUGGGUAAUAAGCUUCAAUAAUACCUAUUCUAUCAGGCUAGUUAGGCUAGUACCUGCAGUUGCUACUACAUUGUUAAUAGAAAGAGUUUGAUACCUUGAAUCAAUUAUAUUGUACCUGUCAGAGUUUAUCACCUGAAGCUAUACUGAACCUCAUUGUCCUGAACUAUUGGCCAGGUUGUACGAAAUCUCCUCAACCUCCACCGCCAGAAACUACCAAAAGAUCAACCAAACAUCUCAACAGUUAAGGACAAGCGCACAAUUGCGAAUUCAAUGAUCUUCAAGGGUCCUUCUGUCCACCUGCACGAACAGCACCAGAAACAAAAAACCACACACACUCUCUCCGGACCAGUGUCUCUUCCUCCCCCCCUUCUGCAGAAGCAAGCGUCCAUUCGCUUGGAUGAUCUUUACUACACGCGACCACCCCUAACCCCAACGACCGUUCUCACCGGGAGCUGUUUCUGCAGUAUUAUCCAGAACUGCUUGUAUCUAUUCAACUGCCAUGAUCGACGUCGGUGACUGUAACCAGACUAAAAAGCUUAGGUAGGCUACUGCAACGAUAUGCCUCUUCGUGACUUUUUUUUCCUCAU